AUGCAGAAUGAUGAAGCCAGCAAGAAUGUGUAUAAUUUCGCAAGUGGUGGAGGAUCAUCAACUAAAAACUUUGUAAUUCCAGAGCGUUUAAGGAAAAGGAAAACGAAAAUUUCACUUCCAGUAAAAAAAAGAGUUAUAAAAGAAGAUAAGGUCAUAUAUAAGAAACGACGACUUUCAGAAAAUAGUGAAUUAUCUGAAUUAGAAAAUUCCGAUCGUUCACCGAUAAAAACACGUGGAAUAAAGAAAAAAGGUUGUCCAAGAACGCAAUACGAAUCGUUGCCGGAUCAUUUGACAUGUCUUGGUUAUAUCGAAGAAUCUGCCAGUUUAAUUUAUAAAACGCGAUAUUUGGACUGGAUUUGUCCAUCUUGUUUAGUUUGCUCAUUUUGCGGUGAAUUCAUUGCCGAUCCUGAAAAUGUACAAUGUUUCAACUGUGAUCGAGCAUUUCAUGGAAUUUGUCGUCCGAAAAAUGGUAAAUGGGCAAAUUCAAAAAAUCCAGUUGGGCAUUGGUGUUGUGAUUUAUGCAAUAUUGGUUCCAUCAAAUCUAAUUUUUUCAAAUCGCUGUGCGAUAAAAUAAAGUCUGAUGCUACAAGACAAACGGAAAAAAAUGUUUCAAAAUAUUAUCGAUAUGUUUCUUCUAUUCCGUUUUCAACAAAUAAAGAUGUACAAAAUGGUCGAAAUGAGAUAAACAAUCGAUUGAAAGAUUUAUAUAAAGCAAAAUUGGCUGAAGAAGAAAAGCGCGGCCGUGAAGACAAGCUUUUACGUUCAAAUAUCGAAAAUUUUAAACCAAAGAGGCAGUCGAAGUUUCUUCCUGGAUCUCAUAAGAAACAUACUAAGGUUCGGAACUUCGUAAGUUGUUCACAACCCAUCAAAGAAGCAGAAUUAAAAAUAUCAAUAAAAGAAAAACAAAAAUCAUUUGAAUCAAUCUAUAAACGAAUGAAAGAAAUAUCAACCGAUUUCGAUUAUGAUCUGCAACCGUCAUUGUUGUCAAGAUUUUAUAGAUUCAUGGAGGCAAAAGAAGAAGCAGAAAAAGAUGAAAGAAAACGAGAAAAUGGAUCUGAGGAGAACAGAACACAAUGUGUUCAUUUUGGGAAUCAUCGUGUUCUUGCGCAGUAUGUUUCUGCAUAUCCUCGUAACUUGGCUUCCGCACAAAAUCUUUAUAUUUGUCGAUUUUGUUUAUUGGCAUUCGAAAAUAUCGUCAAGUAUGAGAUUCAUGUUCAAUAUUGCGAAUGGCGGCAUCCUCCUGGCAACGAAAUUUAUAGAAAAGAUGGUCUUUCUUUCUGGGAACUGGAUGGUGAUAUUGAAAUGUCUGAUCAUUUAAAUAUAACUAUAGGAAGAGGUUAUUGUCGACGGCUGUGUUUGUUUUCAAAAUUGUUCCUCUCUUCAAAGACAUUGCAUCACGAAGUCGAAACUUUUUUAUUCUACUUACUGACCGAAAAUACGCCAGAAGGAUGUGUUUUAUUAGGCUACUUUUCAAAGGAGAAAAAUCCAGGCAAAAAUAAUAAUUUGAGCUGUUUGCUAACAUUGCCAUUCUCUCAGCGUGAUGGAUAUGGGAAAUUUUUGAUCGAUUUAAGCUAUAAACUCUCUUUACGAGAACGAAAAAUUGGAGGGCCCGAGCAUCCACUAUCAGAUUUGGGCCUUUUAACUUAUCGUAGCUAUUGGAAAAAUACCAUUUUUUCUUAUCUUCGCAGGAAAAGAUAUCAAGCUUCAAUAUCAAUCAAAGAUUUAAGUCAUGAGAGUGGGAUCCACCCAUCCGAUUUAAUCGGAACGUUGCUGGAAAAUAAUAUGUUGAAAAUACGCAAUGGUUUGCAUAUGAUCAAUUUGACUUGCAUGGCUCAAUUAGCUCAGUUGGUUAAAUAUCUUUCAGACUUGCAUGCAUUUGCAUUUUAUAUUAAAAUGAAAAAAGCUGUCAAUGCACCUUUGCACACGUUCCGGCGACGGGUUGUCGAUGACGAAAAAUUAAUAUGGGAGCCGGAAUUUGAUGUUGAGGACUCUCAGAAGAUGGGUACAUAUACUGGCUGA